AUGUAUUCUUUAUACGAAGGGUUUGAGAGAAUUUGUGAAGGAGUGCAGAAGCCUCACCGCUACCGGCCCGGGACCGUGGCUCUCCGAGAGAUCCGCCGCUACCAGAAGUCCACCGAGCUGCUCAUCCGCAAGCUGCCCUUCCAGCGCCUCGUCCGCGAGAUCGCUCAGGACUUCAAGACCGACCUGCGCUUCCAGAGCUCCGCCGUCAUGGCGCUGCAGGAGGCCAGCGAGGCUUAUCUGGUCGGGCUCUUCGAGGACACCAACCUCUGCGCCAUCCACGCCAAGAGGGUCACCAUCAUGCCCAAAGACAUCCAGCUGGCCCGGCGCAUCCGCGGCGAGAGAGCCUAACCUGCCCGCACCCCGCUCACCACACAACGGCUCUUUUAAGAGCCACUCACCGCUGCCUAAAGAUCCUGCUCCUCCAAGUCACGCACCACGUCACCGCUCACCUGGAGCUCACGUUCACCAAACACAACAAACACGACGUCACAUCCGGACAAACUGCUGCUCCAUGUUCUGAUCACAUGUCAAACACACGGAGCUUCUGAUCACAUGUUAAGCACACGGAGCUCUGACAUGUCUUCAACACGGAGCUCUGACAUGUCACCAGCUCACUUGAUGUCAGCUCAUCACAUCUACUUCCUUCACUCACACGGCUCAUGCUCACUCCACAAACACUACUUCUCUUGGACACACACACAAUUUAAACAUGUGAAGUUUCAAACAUGUUGAAGACAUGUGAUCAGAAGCUCCAUGUGCUAAACAUGUGAUCAGAAGCUCCAUGACACACUGUCACAGUACAACGAUCAUCCAGAGUACUACACUAAAUACCAACAUAGAGCCGUGGACUUACUUCAAGGUGCUGGUGCAAAGUAUUCAUGUGAAUACAUCUUGUAUUAGUACUGAGUACUAGAGACUGAAUCCUCUCAUUCACCAAAUCAUUUCUUUUAUCACAUUUAUUCAGAUCUAAGCCUCAAAGUGAA